UCCAAAUUGGUUGCGGCUUUUAAUUCAUGAAGCAAUUCCCCCCCUUUGCAAUCACAAUCUGGAUAUCAGAAUGAGCAAAGAAAGACCCAAGAGGAAUAUAAUUCAAAAGAAAUACGAUGAUAGUGAUGGGAUUCCAUGGUCGGAGGAGAGGGUGGUACGAAAAGUCCUUUACUUAUCUCUAAAGGAAUUCAAGAAUUCACAGAAGAGGCAGCAUGGUGAUGGCAUUAAUGGGAGCCUCAAGAGUGUGAAUGGACUCCUUAGUAAUGGCCCGUCGAAAGGAUUAGGACUGGGGUCGGAACAGCUAGAGAAUGAGAAGGACGAUGCGUCGCAAGUGUCCUCCACUAGCAAUGAUAUUAGUUCUUCAGAUUUUGAAGAGGGGCCAUCAAGGAAAAGGCCAAGGCUGCAAGCACAAAGGAAGUUUGCUCAGUCUCAGCCAAACAGUCCCAGCACAACUCCCAUAAAGUUAGUGGAACCGUUAUUGCCCCCUCCAGCUACGCAGAUUUCUGACCUCUCCAAAAGGAAGCCCAAGACAGAAGAUUUCCUUACAUUUCUCUGCCUUCGAGGUUCUCCAGCCCUACCUAGCAACAUGGUAUAUUUUGGAAGCUCUCAGGAUGAGGAGGAGGAAGAAGAAGAAGAUGAGGAAAUAGAGGAUGCUAAGGUAGCUUCAAACAAUGCUUCAUCUUCAUGCCAGUCGACCCCCAGGAAAGGGAAAACGCAGAAGCAAGUUCCAAAUGGGCAUGUCUUCAACGGAUCUAACAAGUCAACAAGAGAAAGAGAGCCUGUUCAGAAACACAAAAUCAAAGAGACGACGCCAGCAAAGGAGAGAAACAACGAACACAGAUCUGAGAGCCGAAAAGACCAGGCUGCUGCUAAUCACCAUCCUACAACAAACAUGAGCUUCUCCACAAAAGGGCUCACUGCUAACCACCACCACACCCUUCAUCGAUCGGCUCAGGACUUAAGGAAACAGGUCUCAAAGGUCAACGGUAUCACUCGACUGUCAUCUCCGAGUGCAAACUCAGCCAGUGCCAAAAAGAUGAGAGAAGUCAGACCUUCACCGUCCAAAACUGUGAAGUACACUGCAACAGUGACAAAGGGAACUGUGACAUACACCAAAGCCAAGAAAGAACUGGUCAAGGAAACCAAACUAAAUCACCACAAACCCAGUUCACCCGUCAACCACACAAUCUCAGGGAAAACGGAAAGUAGCAAUGCAAAAACCCGCAAACAGGUGCUAUCCCUUGGAGCGGCCAAGCCCAACAAUACCGCUGUUAACGGUGUCAAGGUCAAUGGCAAGUUGAACCAAAAGACAUGCACUAAGGAGGCAGGGAGGCAAUUGAGGGAGGGGCUACGCAAUUCAAAAAGAAGGCUGGAAGAGGCCAACCACAUAGACAAAACGCAGUCGCCGACCAAGAAGUUAAAGGGCACAGCCGGUGUGACGGAAGCCCCGAGCAAAAAGGCCCCCGUGGAGAAGCCUUUGCUGAACGGCCAUGUGAAAAAGCCUGGAAGUCAGGAAGUGCCACAGAAAAGUCUGGAAAGAAAUAGGCCGAAGAGAGCCGCUGCUGGGAAGAAUACGCCAGGGAAACAAGCACAUAACAAAACUGAAAAUGCCUCCUGUGAAAAUCAUUCUACCUCUCAAACGGAGUCCUUGCACAAGCCACAUGACUCAACGGGGAAGCACGAGAAGGUGAGCGUCAAGUCUGGGUGGGCUACAAUGGAGGAGAUUCCCAUCCUCAGGCCUUCCGCAAAGGAGUUCCAUGACCCGGUGAUAUACAUUGAGUCAGUUCGUGCUCAGGUAGAGAAGUAUGGGAUGUGCACGGUGAUCCCUCCUCCUGACUGGAGACCUGAGUGCAAGCUAAAUGAAGAAAUGCGGUUUGUGACCCAGAUUCAGCACAUUCACAAGCUGGGCAGGCGCUGGGGGCCCAAUGUGCAGCGGCUGGCCUGCAUCAAGAAGCACCUCAAAUCUCAGGGCAUUACUAUGGAUGAGCUUCCACUCAUAGGAGGCUGCGAGCUAGAUUUGGCCUGCUUUUUCCAGCUGAUCAAUGAAAUGGGGGGCAUGCAGCAAGUGACUGACCUCAAGAAAUGGAACAAACUGGCAGACAUGCUGCGUAUCCCUAAAACUGCACAGGACAGGUUAGCAAAGCUUCAGGAGGCCUACUGCCAAUACUUGCUCUCCUAUGACUCCCUCUCUGCUGAGGAGCACAAGAGACUGGAGAAGGAAGUUCUCUUUGAAAAAGAGAUCCUAGAAAAGCGGAAAGGUCCUCUGGAGGUCCAUUUGGAUGACAACUAUGAAUUCCAGUCUCUGCCCCGAUACGAGCCCAAAAACGGACUCAUCAAUGGCGUGGUUCAUAAAAAUGGCUUCCGGAACAAGGCGAAAGAAAUUGAAGUCUCACAGAAAACAGGCAGGCGGCGACUCUUCUCUCAGGAAAAAGAGACCGUGAAGGAAGAAGAGGAAGAGAAAGGUGUUCUCAGUGACCUCCACAAAUGUGUAUAUAAGGGAAGGUCUGUUUCUUUAACAGCCUUUUAUCGAACAGCAAGGAACGUCAUGAACAUGUGCUUCAGCAAGGAGCCCACAGCAGCUGAAAUAGAGCAAGAGUACUGGAGGGUAGUAGAACAGAAGGAUUGCCAUGUAGCAGUGCACUGUGGGAAAGUGGAUACCAACACCCAUGGGAGUGGCUUUCCUGUGGGGAAAUCAGAACCAUUCUCAAGGCAUGGGUGGAACCUGACGGUCCUUCCUAAUAACACAGGAUCCAUCCUGCGACAUCUUGGUGCUGUGCCUGGAGUGACAAUUCCUUGGCUAAAUAUUGGCAUGGUCUUUUCUACCUCAUGCUGGUCUCGAGACCAAAAUCACCUUCCAUAUAUUGACUACUUACACACUGGUGCUGAUUGCAUUUGGUAUUGCAUUCCUGCUGCAGAGGAGAAAAAACUUGACAAAGUGGUACAUACCCUGCUGCAAGCCAAUGGCACUCCAGGGCUGGAAAUGCUUGAAAGUAAUGUCAUGAUCUCCCCCGAGGUGUUGUGCAAAGAGGGGAUCAAGGUGCACCGUACUGUACAACAGAGCGGGCAGUUCGUUGUCUGCUUUCCAGGAUCUUUUGUGUCUAAAGUAUGCUGCGGCUACAACGUCUCAGAAACUGUGCACUUUGCUACCACCCAGUGGACAAGCAUGGGUUUUAAAACUGCCAAGGAAAUGAAGCAGCGACAUAUACCCAAGCCAUUUUCAAUGGAGAAGCUGCUUUACCAGAUAGCUACGGCGGAAGCGAAAAAAGAAAAUGGAUCGGCUCUGAGUACAAUAUCGGCACUUCUCGGAGAGCUCAGGGACACAGAGCUGAGGCAGCGGCAGCAGCUGUUCGAGACAGGCCUCCAUUCUUCAGCCCGCUACGGGAGCCACGACAGCAGCAGCUUGGGAGCAGACGGGAAGAAAAAGCCUCGAAAGUGGCAAUUAGAAACAUCUGAGAGGAGGUGUCAGAUUUGCCAGCACCUGUGUUACCUGUCCAUGGUUGUACAGGAGAAUGAAAAUGUUGUCUUCUGCCUGGAAUGUGCCCUGCGGCAUGUAGAAAAACAGAAGUCUUGUCGGGGAUUGAAACUAAUGUAUCGCUAUGAUGAGGAACAAAUAAUUAGUUUAGUCAAUCAAAUCUGUGGAAAAGUAUCUGGCAAAAACGGCACCAUUGAGAACUGUAUCAGCAAGCCUACACCAAAAAGAGGACCUCGAAAGAGAGCAACAGUCGACGUGCCGUCCUCGAGACUUUCAUCCUCCGGUUCAUCCAAAAGUGCUUCAAGUUAAUCAUGAAGAUGCCAACACACUCUCCUUUUUUGUCAAUUUUAUAUAUAUUUU